AUGUUCAAAUUGUUUAUCUUCGCGUGCUUCCUCGCUCUGGCCGCCGCUAAGCCCGGCGUGCUGCCAGUGGCUUACACAGCACCAUUGACGGCGUAUACUGCGCCCUUCGCUGCAGCAUACACUGCACCCGUGGCCGCAGCGUACACUGCACCCCUCGCCUACUCCGCGUACUCAGCGUACACCGCGCCCGUAGCUGCUUACUCCACAUACACAUACGCCCCCUCCUCAGCUUAUUAUCUGCGUCGU